AUGUGGGCUGUUGAAAAUCAACUGUUUAUUGAGGCAAGAUUUGGAAAUAAAAUUCACGUUUAUAAACGAAACUUGUAUCAGCGAUAUCGCGGAAACGAUAAAUGGAUCGUAGAAGUGUUUUUUAUGAGCAAUCCGAGAAAUUCCUACUUUCUCUUUCAUCCAACUUUCAAUAUUUAUUCCGUUGGUACUUCAUCGUCCAACUGUACUAUUAUUUCGCUGAUUGUGCCGAAACCUGUUGGGACAGUCAAAUUUGAAUGCAAUGUUCCUCCGGACCGGAUGAAAGCUUUCUUAUUAUUGGAUCGGAUGAGCAGAAUUCGAAUACAACAAUUAUGGAUGAGGAGACGUUUGUGGAAUCUCCCGAAACUUCAGGAACAACGAUGCUUUUGCGGACGAGAAAAUGUAGAAUUAUACCAUGAAAUGUUGAGGAGUGUAGGGAAAAUGAGAUCUCUGAUCAGCGAAAUGAAACGUAUAUCUGGUGCAAAUGCUAAAUAUCAUACAAGAAUAGGCAGCGGAAGAUGA